AUAAACAUCGAGGAGGAGGAGGAAUUAGCUUGGAAACCUCGGUAUAAGAAGUGAAAGUUGGAGUUUUAUUCAGUUUUAAUCGCUAAUCCUGCUCUGUGAUAAAUACUGAGUAAUCUUUACUCUCCGGUGUGUCCGCGCCUGUAUAAAGGACUUCACCUCAUUUUAUUAGUUAAAGUCUACACUGUAAGAUGUUAAAACUUCUUCUGUUUCUCACAUUUCCUGCUCAUCUUUCAUCUGCAGACACACACGCUCUGCAGUACCUCAACACUGCAGUCACACCAGGAGUAAAAUUCACUGCUGUUGGUCUGGUGGAUGGAGAACAGUUUGUGUACUACGACAUCAACAUAAGGAUCUCAGAGUGGAUGAAGAAGGCAGAAGAUGAUGAUCCAGAUUACUGGCAGAAAGAGACGGAGCAUGUGAAGGAUCAACAGGACUCACUCCAAAACAUUAUGACUAGAGUAAUGAAGAGCUUUAAUCAACCUGAAGGAGUUCAUACACUACAGAGGAUAUACGGCUGUGAGCGUGAUGAUGACGGCACCACUAGAGGAUACGAUGUGUACGGUUAUGAUGGAGAACAUUUCAUCAGUCUGGAUCUGAAAACUGGAACCUGGACUGCAUAUAAUGAUGAAGCUGAGAUCUUCAUAAACGAGUGGGAUCCUACAGGAGAUGAGGCUAAACACUGGAAGGACUUCCUGGAGAAAGACUGUAUUGAUCAGUUACAGAAGGUUCUGAAUGAUGGCAAGGAAACUCUGGAGAGGAAAAUUCCUCCUACAGCGUCAGUGUUCCAGAAACACUCUUCUCCAGAGGUGGUGUGUCAUGCUACAGGUUUCUUCCCCAAAACAGUGAUGAUCACCUGGCAGAAGGACGGAGAGGACGUGCAUGAGGACGUGGAGCUCAGAGAGACGUUACCCAACCAGGAUGGAAGCUUCCAGAAGAGAAGCAUUCUGACAGUCUCAGCUGAGGAUCUGCAGAAACACAACUACACCUGCGUGAUUCAGCACAGCAGCUUGGAGAAGGAGAUAGUGCUGCCUGUGAGCGAGCGCCAAAUCCUGAGAGGUGGAGGAUCAGGUGGAGGAUCAGGUGGAGCUCCGAUUGGUAUCAUUGUUGGUGUAGUUGCGGCUCUUGUUGUUGUUUUUGUUGGAAUUGUGGUCUGGAAGAAGAAGAAGAACUCUGGUGAGGGGGAAAAAAACAUUAAGUUCAAGAGAAAAAGUGAAGUUAUUUCCCUGUAAGAUUUAUUAAAUGCACAUAUUUUCAUAUUCAUAUUAUAUUUAAUAUUUUUACAGUUUAAUUAAUAAAAUCAGUGGAGGCA